CACUGCAUACACUAUUUUAAACACUGAAUAAAAAAUAUCUUCUCUUGCAACAAAAUUGUUGUUAUUUUAGUGCAUUUCGUGAAUUAUAAAUAAAAAAACACACAGUCGGUCAAUGCGGUGUUUGUGAAUGUGAAUAUGGUUAAGAAAUGCAGGAUCAGCUUACAAAGGAAAAACAAAAUGCCUUAAGAAACGAGGGACGCCCGAAAAUGUGUGUGUAUUCGAAAUGUGUAUGCCUGCGACUGUAUGCGUGUGUGUGUAUGCGUUAAACGAAAUGGGAAUCGGAUAUCCUGAGACACAACAAAGUACUAAAAUUCGGUUUUAAAUUGAGGAGUUUGUGUUGCCUAAAAUUAAGUGACGACGCUAGCUCGGAUGCCAUUAUUUUUAAAUAAAUCAUAAAGGAAGUACAAACGCAGUUUCUUAAAAUCUUGAUGCAAUAGAUAUACAAAAAGGGGAGUCUCGACAACAAGGACAAGGAUGCAGAGAAAAAAAUAAAAGCGAAGUCAACAUUUUUUCUUCCACAAAUCAAGUGGCUUCCAUUCAAAGAAGGACACAGUCAGUCCGUAGAUUUUAUUCUACGAAAUCAUUCUAGGAGUAAAUGAAAAAACAGUUUCACUGCAGAAGAACCCGAUCUUGAUUUAUCUCCGAGAUGUCAUUGCUGACUCUUUUCAACAUUGGCAUUUGGCUCAUUGCUAGUCAAAUAAAGAUUAUAAACUGCGACCAAGUUGUUUUACUGGACACAACAAGAGAAGCUACUUUAGAAUGGACACGCUAUCCAUAUGGCCCACAGGCUCAGACUCCAGGGUGGGUGGAAGAAUCAUUUACAGAUUUUGUGAAAGGAAUUAACUGGCGAAGCUACGUGGUUUGCGAUGUUGCUUACCAUAAUGUAAAUAAUUGGCUAUGGUCACCAUUCAUUGAUCGCGGACCUGCGAAUCGGUUGUACAUCGAAAUCCAGUUCACAAUACGAGACUGCUCUCUGUUUCCAGGCAACGCUCUGUCGUGCAAAGAGACAUUUAGUUUGUUGUUUUACGAAUUCGAUGCGGCUACACGGGAGCCACCGCCAUGGCAAACAGACAGUUACAAGCUGAUAGCUCGCAUUGCGGCAGGCGAGGGUCGCUUUAAUCAAAACUCCGAUGUGGACAUUAACACUGAAGUAAAAAGUAUCGCUGUAAACAAGAAAGGAGUGUAUUUUGCCUUCCGCGACCAGGGGGCAUGCAUCAGUGUGCUAGCCGUAAAGGUCUACUAUAUUACGUGUCCGGCAGUGACCGAGAAUUUCGCGCACUUCAACGAAACGCCCACAGGCAGAGAAAUAACCAUUAUUGAGAAACAGAAUGGGACGUGUGUAGAAAACGCAGAGGCCUACGAACCGCCGACUUAUCUUUGCAAAGGUGAUGGCAAGUGGACCAUUCUUACAGGCGGCUGUCGCUGUCGCGUUGGGUAUGAACCCAACGAUAUGAAUAAAACCUGCACCGAGUGUCCAGUGGGUACAUUUAGGUCGGCAGAGGUCAUUAGAUGUGUUUCCUGCCCACCCAAUUCUAGUGCACCAAAAGCGGGCUCUCCGUUGUGCAACUGCCUACCUGGAUUUUACCGACAUCCGCGAGAUGGCCGUCAUAUGCCCUGCUAUAGGCCUCCUGGAUCGCCCACAAAUCUCACCCUCUUAUUUGUCGACCAGACUAGUGCGAUAAUAUCAUGGAACCCACCGGCUAGAGACGAUGCGAAUCAGUUGUCGUUGGUGGAGAAAUAUCGGAGCGAUGUAGUCUACAAGAUUCGUUGCAGCUUGUGCAGUUCAAAUGUUAUGUUCAACCCAUCAACAGAUACCUUCAACGAUACAAAGAUAACUCUGACCAAUCUGGAUCCAGUUACCACAUAUACCGUGCAAAUUCAUGCCAUUAACGGAAUAUCGUAUCUGGUCGAUACGGCUUAUUAUGCCAACGAGACUGUAUCGCUUAGUGAUGCAAAUACGACGGCAAGUGUGGGAGCUAACAGCCAGCUGGACCUAAACGACAUCAAGACGGAACAUUCCGAAAUCAUAUUCACUACUGAGUCAGCUAUGCUCUCAACUGUGUUUAAUUUACGUAUAGUGGCUAUAUCUAACAAGGAUGCAGAUCUGACAUGGGACAAGCCAGUUCAAAGCGAUGCACCUCUUGAGUUUUACGAAGUACGCUGGUUCCCUAAACUUGAACUGGAGGCUAUAAACAAGACCGCACUAAAUACAAAAGAGACCAAAGCACACAUUGAGGGUCUCAUAGAAAAUACAGAAUAUGGUUUCCAAGUGCGUUGUAAGACUAUUAACGGAUAUGGUUCUUACAGCAACAUGGUGUAUGCCCAUACACAUCAGUCGGUAGGCUCAGUUUACGAUGAUUCGGUGCAAAUACGGUUUAUUGCGGGUGCUAUUGUGACAGGUGUGCUCUUUCUUGUUAUUUUUAUUGUGGCGACGGUAUACUUCAUGCGAUCAAAACAUCAGGAUGAACUCGACAAGAAGUCUACAAACCAUCUGCCUCUUCCCAUGGAUUAUGCCAGUAAUGAAGGACUUGUCGUGACAUAUAUAAAUUCCAUGGACACAACUCCAAUUGUCAAGACAUUGCAUUCGAAUGUGACCACGCCUCUGUUUGGAAACAGUCGGAGUUACGUUGAUCCGCACACUUAUGAGGACCCCAACCAGGCUAUUAGAGAGUUUGCCCGCGAAAUAGAUGCUAACUACAUAACAAUCGAAGCUAUAAUUGGUGGUGGCGAGUUCGGAGAUGUUUGUCGCGGCCGUCUGAAAAUCCCGCCAAACUUUGUCCAAGAUAUUGACGUGGCCAUUAAGACUUUGAAGCCGGGAUCUUCCGAGAAGGCGCGCUGCGACUUCUUAACCGAAGCCUCUAUAAUGGGCCAGUUUGACCAUCCGAACGUUAUAUACCUACAGGGAGUAGUUACGCGCUCAAACCCAGUGAUGAUAAUCACCGAGUACAUGGAAAAUGGCAGUUUGGACACAUUCCUCCGGGUUAACGAUGGAAAAUUUCAAACACUGCAGCUGAUUGUGAUGCUACGUGGCAUUUCCAGUGGCAUGUCAUACCUGAGCGACAUGAAUUACGUUCACAGAGAUCUAGCAGCACGUAAUGUCUUGGUCAAUGCGCAACUAAUUUGCAAAAUUGCCGACUUCGGCCUAUCGCGGGAAAUUGAAAAUGCAAGCGAUGCUUAUACAACUCGGGGUGGCAAGAUUCCCGUACGCUGGACUGCUCCAGAAGCAAUAGCUUUUAGGAAAUUUACGUCCGCAUCGGACGUAUGGUCGUAUGGGGUCGUUCUAUGGGAGGUUAUGUCUUACGGCGAACGUCCGUACUGGAACUGGUCGAAUCAGGAUGUGAUAAAAAGUAUUGAAAAGGGCUAUCGAUUGCCUGCACCAAUGGACUGUCCUGAGGCGUUGUAUCAGCUUAUGUUGGACUGCUGGCAGAAACAACGAACGCACCGUCCAACCUUUGCCAGUAUAGUCUCUACGCUAGACAACUUGGCCAGACAACCACAGUCGCUCCUGACCACUCGUAACUCACCAGAAACAGAUGGUACCCACAUAUUAGAUUCUCAACGUGGUCAGAACAUAUUCAUAAGCACUGAUUUGUGGCUGGAGAACAUAAAAAUGUCCAGAUACUCUCAGCAUUUUAAAGAGGCUAAUCUGGUGAAUGCCCAACAGAUCUCAAGAUUAACAGCUCAACAGCUAUCCGAUAUGGGCAUCACCUUGGUGGGGCAUCAGAAAAAAAUCUUACACCAGGCCCGUCAACUGGACACAAUAAUAUAAUACAAUGUACAUAGCCAUCAAGACACAGCAAAUAAGUUAAGACAUAUUUCGUAGCUUAGUAUCUGUAAGUGAGGUUAAAAGGCUACCUUUUGAACUUCUGCAAACCGGUCGAGCAAGCGUUGAUAUUUUAGAAUUAAAUCUGGCUUUAGAAUUUUAUAUAAAAUUUUAUACGUUUAGUUUUCUCUAGAAACUGCUCUUGCCUGCUUCGUUGCAACUUUCUCAAAACAUCUGAAAUCAGAUUUAAAGCACUAAUAUUGACAAAUUGUAAGACUUAAAUGGAAGCCUCAUGAACGAUAUAAAUGUAUAUAUCGUAUGACACCAUAUUGAUCAAAUCUUAACACGACUACCGAAAGGUUAAAAGAACUGGACAAUUUGAUAAAGAACCAUGAUUACA